GUGUUGACGUCAGCGUUCUCUUCCGCCGUCGUCGCCGCCAUCCUCGGCGCGACUAACCUCAUUUGGAUCUGCCUGUGAGAAUCCACCGCCAUCCACCACCAUGGUGAACUUCACAGUAGACCAGAUCCGGGCCAUCAUGGACAAGAAGGCCAACAUCCGGAACAUGUCCGUCAUAGCCCAUGUGGACCACGGCAAGUCCACACUGACCGACUCCCUGGUGUGCAAGGCUGGCAUCAUUGCCUCUGCCCGGGCUGGGGAAACUCGCUUCACUGACACCCGGAAGGAUGAACAGGAGCGUUGCAUCACCAUCAAGUCAACGGCUAUUUCUCUCUUCUAUGAGCUUUCGGAGAAUGAUUUGAAUUUCAUCAAGCAGAGCAAGGAUGGCUCUGGCUUCCUCAUCAACCUGAUAGAUUCCCCUGGGCACGUGGACUUCUCCUCAGAGGUGACAGCUGCCCUCCGAGUCACCGAUGGCGCCUUGGUCGUGGUGGACUGCGUGUCCGGUGUGUGUGUGCAGACAGAGACCGUACUGCGACAGGCCAUUGCUGAGCGCAUCAAGCCUGUGCUCAUGAUGAACAAGAUGGACCGAGCCCUGCUUGAGCUGCAGUUGGAGCCUGAGGAGCUCUACCAGACCUUCCAGCGCAUCGUGGAAAACGUCAAUGUCAUCAUCUCCACCUAUGGGGAGGGGGAGAGUGGCCCCAUGGGCAACAUCAUGAUUGACCCAGUUCUCGGUACUGUUGGCUUCGGGUCAGGUCUGCAUGGUUGGGCCUUUACCCUAAAGCAGUUUGCAGAAAUGUAUGUGGCCAAGUUUGCUGCCAAGGGUGAGGGCCAGUUGGGGCCCGCUGAGCGGGCCAAGAAAGUAGAGGACAUGAUGAAGAAGCUGUGGGGUGACCGGUACUUUGAUCCAGCCAAUGGCAAGUUCAGCAAGUCUGCCACCAGUCCUGAUGGCAAGAAGCUGCCCCGCACAUUUUGUCAGCUCAUCCUGGACCCCAUCUUCAAGGUGUUUGAUGCAAUCAUGAACUUCAAGAAAGAGGAGACUGCAAAACUGAUAGAAAAGCUGGACAUCAAGCUGGACAGUGAAGACAAGGAUAAAGAAGGCAAGCCGCUGCUGAAGGCUGUAAUGCGCCGCUGGCUGCCCGCUGGGGAUGCUCUGCUUCAGAUGAUCACUAUCCACCUACCCUCCCCCGUGACGGCCCAGAAGUACCGCUGCGAGCUCCUGUAUGAGGGGCCUCCAGAUGAUGAGGCUGCCAUGGGGAUUAAAAGCUGUGACCCCAAAGGGCCACUCAUGAUGUACAUUUCCAAAAUGGUGCCAACCUCUGACAAAGGCAGGUUCUAUGCCUUUGGCCGAGUCUUUUCAGGGCUGGUGUCCACUGGCCUGAAGGUCAGGAUCAUGGGACCCAACUACACACCUGGGAAGAAAGAGGACCUGUACCUGAAGCCGAUCCAGAGAACGAUCCUGAUGAUGGGCCGCUAUGUGGAGCCCAUUGAGGACGUGCCUUGUGGGAACAUUGUGGGCUUGGUGGGCGUAGACCAGUUCCUGGUGAAGACGGGCACCAUCACUACCUUUGAGCAUGCCCACAACAUGCGAGUGAUGAAGUUCAGUGUCAGCCCUGUCGUCAGAGUAGCCGUGGAAGCCAAGAACCCGGCUGACCUGCCAAAGCUGGUGGAGGGUCUGAAGCGGCUGGCUAAGUCAGACCCUAUGGUGCAGUGCAUCAUUGAGGAGUCUGGGGAGCACAUCAUUGCAGGAGCUGGCGAGCUGCACCUGGAGAUCUGCCUGAAGGACCUGGAGGAGGACCACGCCUGCAUUCCCAUCAAGAAAUCUGACCCAGUGGUCUCGUACCGUGAGACCGUCAGCGAGGAGUCUGAUGUGCUCUGCCUGUCCAAGUCUCCCAACAAACACAAUCGGCUGUAUAUGAAGGCCCGACCCUUCCCCGAUGGCCUGGCUGAGGACAUUGACAAGGGCGAAGUGUCUGCCCGCCAGGAGCUCAAGCAGCGGGCUCGCUACCUAGCUGAGAAGUAUGAGUGGGAUGUGGCUGAGGCCCGCAAGAUCUGGUGCUUUGGACCUGACGGCACUGGCCCCAACAUCCUCACUGACAUCACCAAAGGUGUGCAGUACCUCAAUGAGAUCAAGGACAGCGUGGUCGCCGGCUUCCAGUGGGCCACAAAGGAGGGGGCACUGUGCGAGGAGAACAUGCGGGGUGUGCGCUUUGACGUCCAUGAUGUGACCCUGCAUGCUGACGCCAUCCACCGCGGAGGUGGCCAGAUCAUCCCCACAGCCCGGCGCUGCCUCUACGCCAGCGUGCUGACUGCCCAGCCCCGGCUUAUGGAGCCUAUCUACCUAGUGGAGAUCCAGUGUCCAGAACAAGUGGUUGGCGGUAUUUACGGUGUCCUGAACAGAAAGCGUGGCCACGUCUUCGAGGAAUCCCAGGUGGCUGGAACUCCCAUGUUUGUCGUGAAAGCUUAUCUGCCUGUCAACGAGUCCUUUGGAUUCACUGCUGACCUGAGGUCCAACACAGGUGGCCAGGCCUUCCCCCAGUGUGUGUUUGACCACUGGCAGAUCUUGCCUGGAGACCCCUUCGACAACACUAGCCGCCCCAGCCAGGUGGUGGCGGAGACUCGCAAGCGCAAAGGCCUGAAGGAGGGCAUCCCCGCCCUGGACAACUUCCUGGACAAAUUGUAGGCGACCUGCCCCGGGGACUUGGCACAGCCCCACACCCAGCCGAUGUUCAACCACGCAACAAGCCCUUGCAUUCUCAUGACACCUUGGGACUGUCCUGCCUGGCAGGUUCUGGAGCUGCUCCGUGCCAUCGCUCAACGUGAACACUUGAUGCCAUUUCUUUCGAUAUUUAUUUCAGGAUUUCAGAGGCAACAAAUGCCCUCAUGGUAGGGACUCAAUUUGGCUGGUGGUGGGGAGGCAGGUGGGACACCCAACCAACACUUUUUUUUUUCCUUCAUCAGAGAGAAACCUGUUCACAAAAUUAAAAUAAAUGCAUUAAGAGGUUUAUUUGGGUAAUGGCCUGGAGUGGAUUUCCCCAGAAUGGGGGUGCUUCUUUUUGGACAGAAACUAGAAGGCAGGAAACUGUGUGUGGUGUCAGCCAUGAGCACCUCCAGCUGUAUUAGUGCCAUUGGAAUAAUAAAUUUGACAUGGUGGUGACCA